AUGCUGAAGGAUGUCGGAUUGAAAAUUAUACAGAAAUGUGGUGGUUUACCGCUCUCCAUUAAAAUAAUGGGAGGACUCCUGCGUAAAAGGGGGAAGCUACGUCAUGACUGGGAGCAUGUUUUGGAUGAUUCUAAAUGGUCAACAACUAGAAUGCCCCAAGAGCUCAACUAUUCAGUAUACUUGAGCUAUGAGGAUAUGCCUCCUUAUCUGAAACAGUGCUUUCUAUACUACUCUCUUCUUCCUAAAAGCAGAAAUUUUCAUGUGGAUCAAGUAGUUGGGAUGUGGAUCAGCGAAGGAUUUAUUCAUGGGAACUCGAAUGAUUUAGAAGAAUCUGGAAGAAAUUACUACAAUGAGCUGAUAUCUAGGAACCUUAUAGAGCCUAAUAUCAAUUAUGUCGAUCAAUAUUAUUGUAGCAUGCAUGAUGUUGUUCGUUCAUUUGCUCAGUAUAUGACUAAAGAUGAAGCAUUCACAACUCAAGACAGAGACAAUGAUAUGCUAACUAGACUUAGUUCACAGAAGUUUCUUCGGUUGUCUAUGCAAUCAGGUGACCUUGACUGGAAAUCUUUGCAGGAGCAGCAAUCAGUGAGAACAUUAAUCUCAACUACUCAGAUCAAUUUGAAGCCUGGUGAUUCAUUGGCUGCCUUUUCUAGUCUACGGACUCUACAUAUAGAAUCUGCAGAUGUGGCUGCACUUGCUGAAUCGUUGCAUCAGCUGAAGCACGUGAGAUAUGUGGCACUAUUAAACACUGAUAUAUCUGUACUUCCGGUGAGCAUUGGCAAGAUGAAACUAUUGCAAUUUCUCGACCUUGGUGGAUGUACAACAUUGGUGAAUCUUCCUGAUAGCAUUGUGAAGCUUGGCCAGCUGAGGUUAUUUGAUCUUCCCAGCACAAAUGUGAUACCUAGAGGGUUCCAUGGUCUGACAAGUAUGAGGAGACUACAUGGAUUUCGAGCCCACGUGGAUGGUGAUUGGUGUAGUUUGGAUGAGUUGGGGCCUCUUUCCCAACUCAGGCGCCUUCAUUUAGUUCAACUGGAGAAUGUACCUGCUGCUUCGUUUGCUGCUAAUGCUAGGCUUUGUGAGAAAAGGCAUCUUACAAACCUAUUCUUGUGGUGCACCAGCAAACUGGGAGAUGAUGGGUUGCUCAUAGAGAAAGGUGUCUCUAAUGGAGAGCAGGAAAGAAACGAGAAGGUGUUUGAUGAGCUCUGCCCUCCGCCCAGUAUAGUUGAUCUUUCUAUUCGUGGGUAUUUUGGCCAGCAACUCCCAAGUUGGAUGAUGUCUACGUCAAUGGUGUCCCUCAACAACUUGAAGUAUCUAUGGCUUGAGCACCUGGCUUGUUGCACACAACUUCCCAAUGGGUUGUGUCAGCUCCCCUACCUGCAGAUGCUUCAGGUCGACCGCGCUCCAUGCAUCAGGCAUGUUGGGAGUGAAUUCUUGCAGGCAGUGGCAGCUCCAUUUCCGAGGUUAAACGCGAUGAAGUUAGUUGGCAUGGUGGAAUGGGAGGAUUGGGAGUGGGAGGAGCAAGUACAGGCCAUGCCCCGUCUGGAGACGCUUUUGCUCGGUAAUUGCAAACUGAGACGUGCUCCUCCUGGGCUUGCCUCCAAUGCAAGGGCUUUGAAGAUUUUAAUUGUAAUAGGCGUCCAUCACCUCAACUACCUUGAGAGCUUUUCUUCUGUUGUUGAGCUUACAGUGCAUGCAUGCCCUGACCUAGAGAGGAUCACUAGUCUCCCCAAUCUGCAAAAGCUCAUCAUCAAAGGUUGCCCAAAGUUGAAGAUGCUAGAGAGUAUCCCUGCACUUGAGUGGUUGGUUCUGGAGAAUUAUGCCAUCGAAGAACUUCCAGAAUACAUGCGAGAUAUAAACCCAAGGCAUUUGCAGCUGCUCUGCAGGAUAUGGUUGGUAUCUUCAUUAGCCGCAGGACAAUCUGGUCCUGAGUGGGACAAGUUCAGCCAUGUGGAUCAUGUACAGGCAUAUGCACGUGAUGGAAACAACCAAAGGAAAUGGUAUGUGUUGUACACAAGAAGAGACAACUUCAAACUGGAUUCAAAUAUUAGCAGCUCUACCAUUUUUCAAGAAAAUUUAUCAUCUUCUAUUAUGGAUGCUCUAGGAUUUGAGUCUGUGUGCAAAAUGAGAAGAAGUACCUUCAGUUACAUCUGCAGCUUGGUGAGGAUCCCAUUUUUCGAAGAUAUGAUGUCAAGGGAUCAGGAUCACACCUUUGUUGACGGGAGAGUGCUGUCUUUACAAGAUCGAGUAUUUGUUGCUUUGGCAAUGCUGAACUCGGGUGGCUCACCUAUUACCGUAGGAUUCUCUCUUGGUGUGAAUGAGUCAACUGUCUUGCUGGUAACUCAGGUGUUUGUUGAGGCUAUGCGUGUGCGAGCAAUGCACCACCUGCAUUGGCCUGGCUACACUAAAAUGGAGAAGAUCAAGCGCAAGUUUGACAAGAUCCAUGGCCUGCCAAACUGCUGUGGUGUUGUACAUACAGCCCACAUCAAAUUUGGAACACAGAACCGUGACCAUGAGGAGAAUGACGGCAUCCUAAUGCAAGCUCUCAUUGAUCCAGAUAUGAGGUUCACAAACAUUUGUUUGGUGCUGUCAGGUAGCAUCAUGAACAAAUUGAGCGUUUUGCACGACUCUGAUCUUUUCAAGAUGGGCGAGAAGGGUACUUGCCUGAAUGGUAACAAGCUGAAGGUAACAUCAGGUGGUGGAUUAGAAGUCGGGGAAUACAUAAUUGGUGAUGCAGGAUAUCCUCUUCGUCCCUGGCUCCUCACACCUUACCAGUUGGAGAAUGAUCUCUCAGACUCGGACUCCAAAGUGGAAUUCAACAGGAGACACUCUGCAGCUACAGCCGUCGCGCUGAGGGCGCUGGCAAGGUUGAAGGACACAUGGAAGUGCCUGCAGGGAGAAGGGUGGCAUCCAAAUAAUAAACGUGACAUGUGCUGGACAACCGGCACAUGCGUCAUUUUGCAUAACAUACUGAUAGACAUGGAGAUGGACGAGGGUGCAGGCAUGCCAAGCAAUCAGGAGGAGAAUUACAUCAAGCAAGUGCGGCAGGUUGCAGAAGAGGACGGCGUCAGGGCGAGGGAUGCACUGUCCCAGCACUUGAUCGAAAAUGGAGUUCACACAAAGGCUGCAGAGGAGGAACAAGAAACAGCAGCAAUUGUAUCUGGUUCAGGAGAUGGAAACAAGGAGCAGGAAGCACACCGACAACAGUACACCGAUCGAGGAAAGGAGAAAGUGCAUGUUUCCUCUCCACUGAAGUAA